AUGGGAAAUUUACACAAGUAUGUUGGAGUUCUUGCUGUCAUAUUUGUGUUGGUGAUAGGAAUUUCUGAUUCUCGUAAAAUACAAAAAGAAGAAUAUGUUGAUAACUUUGGUGGUGGAAGUGGCUUAGGUGGUGGUGGAGGUUUUGGUGGCGGCAGUGGUGGAGGUGUUGGAGGAGGACUUGGACACGGUGGUGGAUUUGGAGGUGGUGUUGGAGGUGGUAGUGGAGGAGGUGUUGGAGGAGGAAUUGGAGGUGGUGGUGGUGGGGGACUAGGUGGAGGUGCAGGUGCAGGUGGAGGCUUAGGAGGUGGUAGUGGUUUAGGAGGAGGAAUAGGAGGUGGACAUGGUGGUGGUGGUGGUAUAGGUGGAGGCGGAGGUUCUGGUGGAGGUAUUGGAGGAGGAUCUGGAGUAGGUGGAGGUGCUGGAGGUGGCUUUGGGGGUGGUGCAGGAGGUGGAAUUGGUGGGGGUGGUGGAGCAGGUGGAGGUGCUGGUGGAGGUUUUGGAGGUGGUGCUGGAUCUGGCGGAGGUGCGGGUGGGGGCUUUGGAGGUGGAUCUGGUGGAGGUGUUGGAGGUGGAGCAGGCGGAGGUGCUGGAGGAGGCUUUGGAGGUGGAGCAGGCGGAGGUUCUGGUGGUGGCUUUGGAGGUGGUGCAGGCGCAGGCGGUGGUUUUGGAGGUGGCGCGGGUGGAGGAGCUGGUGGUGGUAGAGUUUAA